AAAAAUAGUUAAGUGAUAAAAAAAGUAAACUAGUUUAAGCAAAGUUGUCGAUUGGGCGAGUGUGCUAGUGUGUCUGUGAGUGUGCUGGAGCGCAGAAUACAACACCAAAAAGGGUGAAUUAUGUAUUGUUCGGCGGAUAAAAAUCAAUCAUCUGGCAGCGGUGGGAAUGCCGCUGCUGGCAGCUUCAACCACGGCGGCAGCGGAAGUGCGGGCGGUGGGAGCGCCGGUGGUGGUGGCAGCGUUGGUAGUGGUAAUGGCAACACAACCGCAUCACAACAGCAGCAGCAGCAGCAGCCAAACAACACGAAAAGUGUCAAAGAAGGAGUAACAAUGCGUGAGAAAAAAGGAGGUGCCCUGCAGAAGCUCAAAAAGCGACUAUCGCACAGCUUCGGUCGAUUAUCUAUAUCCAGGGAGGAUAACGACGACAGCACGCAACACAAUAACCACCAUCUGCCGCACCACCACCACCACCACCACGGACAUGGCCACAAUCGUGGCGGUAAAGUGCCCUUCAACGGUUACACAUCCGAGGAGUAUCUGGACCGGUUGGAACCGAACGGAAACAUUCCGGCCGAUAAGCAGACGUACCAUAAACACUGGAAUCGGGUCGGCGACCACGAGCGGGUCCACCGGCAGCUGUCCGUGUCCUCCGACAGCAAGCUGCUCGACGAGGACAUCCGGGAGGAAACACGUGUGAUAAUGCGACCUAAGAAGCCGCCCCGGCCCAAGUCCGAGGUGUUCCUGAACAAACACGACCCGCAUCCCAGGAGGAAACGAUUCAGUGCAUUUGGGGGUGACUCUCCGUUCGGCAAAACAGAAGCAUACAUCAAACUCGAGCAGCUCGGCGAAGGAUCUUAUGCGACGGUAUUCAAGGGUUAUAGCAAUUUAACAAAUCAAGUGGUGGCGCUAAAGGAAAUCCGGUUACAGGAAGAGGAAGGUGCCCCGUUCACGGCGAUCCGGGAGGCGUCCCUGCUGAAAGAACUGAAACAUUCAAACAUCGUGACGCUGCACGACAUCGUCCACACGCGGGAAACGCUCACGUUCGUGUUUGAGUUUGUGAAUACCGACCUCUCGCAGUACAUGGAGCGGCAUCCGGGCGGCCUGGACCACCGAAACGUGCGACUGUUCCUGUUCCAGCUGCUGCGAGGCCUCUCCUAUUGCCAUAAAAGACGCGUUCUGCACCGGGACGUGAAGCCGCAGAACCUGCUCAUCAGCGAGAUGGGCGAACUGAAGCUGGCCGAUUUCGGGCUGGCCCGUGCCAAGAGUGUUCCAAGUCACACGUACUCGCACGAGGUGGUCACGCUGUGGUAUCGACCCCCAGACGUACUGCUGGGCAGCACCGAGUACUCGACCUCGCUGGACAUGUGGGGCGUCGGGUGCAUAUUCGUCGAAAUGAUCACCGGCAUGCCGACGUUCCCGGGCAUCCGGGACACGUACGACCAGCUGGACAAGAUUUUCAAAAUCCUCGGCACGCCCACGGAGGAGUCGUGGCAGGGCGUAACGCAUUUACCGGGCUAUAAGCUGCAUAUGUUAGGCUUCUUCAAACCCCGCAAGCUAGGCUUAAGCUUUCCCCGGCUGUACGAUAUUAUCGAGGGUGAGAUGAUGGCGAGUGCGUUCCUGCAGCUGAACCCGGACAACCGGAUAAGCGCCGAGGACGCGCUCCGGCACCCCUACUUUGCUCCGUUGCCAAAAAAGCUGUACGAGCUUCCGGAUGAGCUGUCCAUCUUCACCGUCGAGGGUGUGUACCUUCAGCCGGAGCCAAACCGUCACCACCAUAAAUGAGAGUUAAGACAAAGUAAAACCCUAGAUGCAAUACGUUAUUACUGUUAGUAGUGAAUGCAUAGUAGUUCGGCCCCCUGUCCCCCCUUCCUCAUCCUACCCACACUCACUCUGUUUGCUUGAGGAGGCGGAGGAGGAGGGAGAGGGCAACGAGGGUGAGAGCGUGUAAAACAAGUAAAACAAAAAACAAGUUGAGUAAAACAACAAGAAAGAUUUAAGGUAACACUAAAAUACUGAACUAAUACAAGCACACGUGCACCAUGUGCCACACCCCUGCGUUCUGCGUUCUGUGAUCAAAGAAACAAACAAAAACAAAAAUAUAACAGAAGGAUUCGCGCGAAGAAAAAAAUGGAAUUUAACAAACUACGGAGGAGAGCACGUACCCGGCCAAGCAGUUUGUUCCAGUGUUAAUCAAACUAACGCGCAUGUUUUGAGCAGCACUCGCUCUAGAUUUUUUUUUCUUUCAUCUUCCAGCAACGCAUAGUUUUCGUUCUUCUCUAUUAACUUUUAACUCGAGAGAAUUGUAUUAAAAAACCGUUGGAUUAUCCUAUUAUUUUUUUAUUCGUUUCAUAAAAUCAUCCCGCAUAUAGUUUAGUUUUAGUAACAAAGCAAAAAAAGCAGUUUUAAACCCAUUUUUUGAAUUAUUUCACGCGAUAGGGAAAAUGUAUUAGAAUGAAGCGAAGCAAAGUUUAUUAUGUUUUAGGUAAAUCAGAGAAAGUGAAGAAAGAAUUAACAGUGAAUGCGCAGGUACCGUUCAGUUCCUGAGUUGAGAUCUCGCCCCGCGCGGAACAGGAGUCGGAAGUGUAAGGCUAUAAGGAAAGCAAUGUAAUAAAGAAAACGUGAUUUCAAAUAUGCAUAUUAUAUUCAGUUAAGACUAAUACACACACACAUUUUCUUUCCUCUUUUUGAUUUUGUUUUCGCAUCUAGAGUCGUUUUUUGUUCUGUUCAAACUGGCUCGGCAGCAGCUGUUGAACAGCUCUUUUUAAUAUUGAAAUUCAGGCAAAAUUAACGUUAGCAAAGGUCUCUAGAUUCAAAGAUAGUGGAAUGAAUGAUUGAUGGGAGAGAGCGAAGAGGGCGAGAAAGUGAGGUCAUUUUAUAUGCAAUUGAGCGAUGAACGUUUUUAUAGGACAAAAUGAAAAGAAAAAACUAGCGAAAGAAACUCUAUUGGACGACGGAAUAAACAAAUAAUUUCAUUUAUACACA